AUUUGUAUAGAACAGAAAUUAACUUGAAAAACCAACACAAAAACAUGCCAACAUUCCUAUUGUUUCUUUCUACCAUUCUCUUCAUUUCCAUCUCCUUAUCAAAUUCUACCACAAACCCAUCUUUAUCUUGCCCAAUAGACUUCUCUUAUGUCAAAACAUUCCCAUGGGAAACUCAAGAUUGCCAUGAAAAUUCCCAACAAAAAACAUGUUGUCAAACACUUAAAAGCUUAUUAGGCAUGGGACUUUCUACAUACCUUAAAGCAUCUUCAAAUUUCAAUCUCCCUACACCAGAAUUAGCCUCCUCUUGCUUUUCCCUCUUCAAAACAGAGCUCGCUUCGAUCUCGAUCAAUAUCUCCAAAUUCUCCUCUUGUUUGAACUCUACUGAUGAUUUGCUACUCAACCAUCCUGCAACAGAUUGUGCUGGUAUAAGAACCAUCAAGGAUUGGGAUCAAAUAGUGGGCCCUACACAGGAUUUGAACAUAUCAUGUCAGGGUGAUAUGAGGGUAUUAACACAAUGUAGUUCAUGUCUUGAUGCAGGGAUGAAAGUGAAUUCUAGACUAGUAAGUUUAGCACCAAAUUCAACCAAGUGUUUUUAUUAUACCCUUUUUUAUGCUGCUGGUAUUCUUAAUCAGUUUGGGCCAGAGGAUCCUAGAUCAGCAGCUUGUAUUCUAGGCAUUCCUUUAGCUUCUGAUCAAGUGGGGUAUAGACAAUCUACAGGGAAAUUGAGUAAAAACACUGUCUUUAAGGCUGUGUUUGGUGUUUCAGGGGCCUUAAUUGGUGUCUUCAUUGUGAUGGGGUUGAUAUACACGUGUAGAGUUUGGGAUAAGAAGAGAAAAGAAAAGGGUAUCCAUGAUUCUUUUGUAAGUAGUGUUAGGGGCCAAGUUUCACCUAAUGUUGGUAUGAUAUGGUAUCGUGUCUCGGAUUUAGAACGCGCAACAGAUGGGUUUUCGCGUAAAAAUGUUAUCGGCCAAGGUGAAUAUGGGGUUGUUUAUAAGGGAACGCUAAAUGGGUCUGUAGUCGCGAUAAAACAAAUAACCGAGGGCUUGGAUUCUAUGAGGGAUGAAGAGUUUUGUAAUGAGGUAGAUGUUAUAAGCAAGAUUCGGCAUAGAAAUCUUCUUUCCCUUCGAGGAUGUUGUGUAUCGAGUGAUAAUCUAAGGGGUAAAAGGCGGUACCUUGUUUGUGACUACAUGCCCAAUGGUAGCCUUAGUGAUCAUUUGUUUGGUGACCUAAAGAAAUUGACAUGGCCACAAAGGAAGACUAUAAUCCUUGAUGUUGCUAAGGGGCUUGCAUACUUGCACUAUGGUGUAAUACCGGCUAUAUAUCAUCACGACAUCAAAGCUUCCAAUAUUCUCUUAGACUCGGAUAUGAGAGCAAGGAUGGCGGAGUUUGGGUUGGGUAGGCAAAGUAUUCAAGGCCAAUCUCAUCUUCACACAAGGGUAACGGGCACACAUGGGUAUUUGGCACCCGAGUAUGCUAUGUAUGGACAAUUAACCGAGAAAAGUGACAUUUAUAGCUUUGGAAUGAUUAUCUUAGAGACCAUGACCGGGAAGAAGGCUUUCGAUACAUCAAACUCUUCUGCGACUCCAUUACUCACAGAUUUGGUAUGGGAUUUGGUUAAAUUGCAAAGGUUGGAGACUAUUUUAGACAAUUCCAUACGAAAUGAAGGUCCUACCGGAAUCAUGGAAAGAUUUGUGCAUGUUGGUCUUCUAUGUGCUCAUGUUAUGGUUGCAUUUAGGCCUACUAUAGCUCAAGCACUCAAGAUGUUAGAAGGAGAUAUAGACAUACCUAAGCUACCGGAUCGGCCAUUGCCUCUUAACAAUGAGUCUAUUAGCUCAUCUUUCUGGCCUAAAGCAGCACACAGCAGCAGUAAUAGCUUAUUGUUGUCAUAAGGACAGAGUUUUGUUUGUUAAUUUUUUGAUGAUCUUAGAAUCAUGUAAAUCCUGCACAAUUUUAUAACAAUGUAGCCUUUUAGAAGGUGACAUUUGAAAAUUUGUUACAUGUAACAUAUGUUCAUUACAAAUACAUUUUACAUCUACUUAUAUGGAAAAA